UCUCUUUCUCCCUUAAAAUAAAAACACCCUCUCUAAUCUCCUAUCGUCCAUCCUUUUUUCCUUUAAUUCCAAAGCUUAAGCUUGCUUUCUUUUCAGUUUUCACCGCUUCCUUCACAUUUCCUUCCUUCUACCUUUCCCCUUUCUUUAUUUGCUCUUUCUUUUUGCCUUUUAACUUUCCCUCUUAUUUUCCUUUUUCCUUUCUCACAAAUCCCAUAUGAAACUCUUGCUAUGUCCCGUGACUCCAGCUCUUUCAUUCUCCAUUUUAUCCCUUUCUCUUUCUCUAUUUCUCUCAUGAAUUCUUCUUCUUCUUCUUCUUCAGCUCAACAUCACAACUAUCACAAUCAACCAUCAUGCGCUCCCCACAGUCCCUCCGUAACGGGGAGACUCCCUCGCCUCACCCGCGGAUCCCUCCUCCACACUUCCACUCCACCGUUUCCGUUCAAAAGCUGAAGCGAUUCAACUCAUUGAUUCUCGUCUUCCGACUCUCGACGUUUUGCUUUUCUCUUGCCUCUGCUGUUUUCACGCUCACUAACUCUAGGGGAUCCGAUUCCCCUCGUUGGUACGAUUUCGACGCUUUCAGGUACGUUUUCGCUGCAAAUGCAAUCGUUGCUCUUUACUCUCUCUUCGAAAUGGCGGCCUCCGUUUGGGAAAUUUCAAGAGGCGCAACUAUUUUCCCCGAAGUUCUUCAAGUCUGGUUCGACUUCGGCCAUGACCAGGUGUUCGCGUACCUGCUACUGUCGGCGGACUCGGCGGGGAUGGCGCUGGCAAGAACGCUGAAAGGAGGGGACACGUGUACGGCUAGUAAUGCGUUCUGCGUGCAAUCAUACAUCGCGAUCGCGUUGGGGUUUGCCGGGUUUCUGUUCUUAGGGUUAUCGUCUUUGCUUUCGGGUUUUCGGGUCGUCUGUUUUAUAAUCAGCGGCUCUCGUUUUCAUCUUUAGAUUAAUUAGGCAGAGAAAGGGAAUAUUUUGAGAGAGAGAGACGGAGGAGUAAUGUUCUUUUUUUUUUUUUUUUUUUUUUU